AGUUCGGUGGGGAGGGGGGAAGUGAUCAGAGACGUUGGGCCAAACCGGCCCAGCUCCAUCGAAUUCAGCGACGCCGUUGUCCGGCCGCUCAGGGGCAGGCCCGUCGCUCCUGCGGGUUUCGCAACGAGGCGAUUUCUCAACCCGGCAGAGCGAGGGGGCAGUUCCCAGAAGGAGACCCAAGGCCGCCCCGCGCCCGCCCCUUCCCUGCUCUCCCAGCCCCAGGGCUGACGGGAUGGCACGACCGCUAUAAAGAGCCAGCCCCGGGCACACGCAGGCCAGUGUCCCAGCAGCGAGGAGUGGCCAGAGACGAGACUCAGCCAGGUGGCAUCGCAGUCCGGGCAAGGAUGGGCCGCUUGGGGAUCGCCGUGCUGGCUGCACUCAUGUCCUCCCUUCCCUGCUGGCUGGGUGCCCCCUGCCCACCCGUGCCCACCCCCAGCAACAUCACAGAAUUCGUCUGCACCUCCCCGUCCCUCAGCAGCUUCCCCACCGGCUUCCCCGAGGAGACGCUGAUGAUCUCCGUGGAGUUCACCAACCUCUCCAGCAUCGGCCCCGACGCCCUGCAGCAGCUCCCCAAGCUCCGAGAGCUGCACCUCUCCAGCAAUCAGCUGAGGAGCCUCCCCGGCAGCCUCUUCCGGGAUCUGCCAGCGCUGCGGGUCUUGGAUCUCACCAGCAACCUCCUGGAAGAUCUGCCCCCAGAGAUCGUCGACUCCUACAGCCCUCUGCAGCACCUGGUUCUGAAUGGGAACAGGCUGGCGGCCUUGGAGCCAGCGUGGUUCCAGACGCUGGGGGAGCUGGAGUGGUUAGAUGUGUCCAAUAACCGGCUGCAGGCCCUGCCUCCAAACUGCUUCCAGAACCUGAGCAGCCUGAAAAUCCUUGACCUGUCCAAUAACCAGCUGGACAGGCUGGCCCCGGAGCUGCUGGCCGGCCUGCUCAGCCUGGAGAGGUUAAACCUGGAAGGCAACCGGCUCCACUCCAUUGUCGAGCACACCUUCGACCUGGUGCCGCACCUCAGUCACCUCUUCCUCCAGCACAACAACCUGAGCUCGCUGCCCGUGCAGCUCUUCCGGGAGCUGGGCCAGCUGGGCCACCUGGAUCUCUCCAACAACAGCCUGACCUCGCUGGCCCCCUGCUUCUCAGAGCAGAACCUGACGCUGGAGCUGGAUCUGUCCGGGAACCCGUGGGCGUGUGACUGCGCCAUGCUCUCCUACAUGCAGUGGGUGACGGGCCGCUCGGUCGGCCUGUCCGCCCCACAGCACACCCUCUGCGAGACCCCCGAGAACCUCAAGGGCCAGACGGUAGCAGCCGCGACCCAGGACAAGCUCACUGCUUCCUGUUCGGCGGCACCAGCAGAGCGCCCGAGCCCCUGCAGCCUCCCUCGGGGCCAGGCUUCCUAAGCUGAGCGUGGCUGACCCAGGUGGCAACGCCCAGCUCUGGUGGGCAGCUAGACACGGUGAGAGCUGCGGGCACUGCCAUCUUCAACCCCCCCACCCCGCCACUGGGCCCCCGGGGCAGGGUGACGUUGGUGCCUUCCUUACCAGGGAAUCCCAGCAGCGCCCACCACCCUUCCCAUAGGACUGGCCUUUCCAGCUCACCCCCCAGGUCACUGAUCAACACCUGCCCAGCUGCAGCAGGAAGGAUCAGGCCCACCCACAGGGAAGCCCAUGGCUGCAUGGCAUUUCCCAGGAGGAGAACCCCCCCCACCCCCCCCUCCUCCAUGCCCUCCUGCCUGAUCCUUUCAGCCCCUCACCCCUACAAUGCCUCAGAGACAGGAGCUUCCACGCGCCUCCCCCCAGGCAGCUCCCUUGCGCAGCCACACGCUCGUGUGGGAUGGUCUCCACUAAGCACCCAACAGCUCCCGCUUCCCCUCCCAGGAAACCCCUCCCUAGAAAAAAGCCCAGACGUCUCUUUGGAUACUGUCGUCCACCUGAGAUUUGUCCUUAUUCAGGCCCCAGCCUGGCACCCAAAUCCCCUGCCUGGCACCGAGUAACCUUGGAGGCAUCAAGGAGCCUAAAUUGUGGGGUUUGGGGGGCUCCAGGAAGUUGGUUUUAUAGGAAACAGCAUGGGCUGGAGUUAAGCUCUGCAAGGGGUUGGCUUGCAAGGUUCCCACCCCAUCGCAAACAUAGCACCGUUCUGCAAUCAGCAACACGUACGCAAAGCUCCCUUCUGAGCUGGCUACGGCCAGGGUUUCCCUUUCCCGCCCUUCCCCUGGCCGGCCUCUUCAGAAAGAGAUCCUUUCCGCCGAGUGCAAUCUAAUAGGACUGACCUGAUCUGGCUACCAAGGGGAGUCAGCUUAGCUCAGCCACAUGCUUGUGAUGCAGCUCCUUGUAGAAGCAAAGGCAGGCAGUUGCAGGCUGGAUAGAUGCUCCCCGUACAAGGUCCAAGAACACGAAUCCCCCAUCCCAGGCCUCUGUUAUCUCGUAAAAGACGCUAGGACCGGGCAUCCCAUCCUGGUCCCAAAGAUCAGGGAAGUUUGGCGUUGAAAGGAAAGCUCUAGAGAGAGAGAAACAUAAGCCAUGACUAAAUCCGGCUGCUCUGGUCAAUGUCACCCCGUCCCUGUGAAUGUUCUGGCCCUCGUGAUAUGUUGAUUGCAGCCAUUGUGUUUUUUUAAUUGGAAACAAAACACGGAAUGUUACACGUUAACGUCUCGCCGGCAAAUUUAUGGCGCAACUAGGGUCCUAAGGAAGGUUUAAAUUAAACUGAAUUGUUUAAAGCUGUU